AUGUUAAAUUCGUUUACUGACAAUGACAAUUUUUCAUCGGUGUCAUCAACAUCUGAUCAUGUCUUCUCACAUUAUCGCGAAACAGACGAUACAUUAUAUUCAUCAAAAUAUCCACCACCAUCAACAACAUUACAAACAACGACAACAGACAAAUAUCUAAACAAUAAUAAUCAUGAUAAAUUAUAUUCACCUGUUAUUAUUGGUAAACCAUUUUCUGCUCUUAUUAAUUCACUUGUUCCAUCACCUGAAUAUUUAUUAAAUGAUAAUGAUGAACAAAUAAUAUAUGAUGAAUAUGGUUUUCGUGUUGAUAUUAAUGAAAAUGAACAACAAUAUGAAAUAGUACCUAUUAUUGAAAAUGAAACAAAUAAAUUAAAAUGGCUAACACAUCUUGAUUCAAAAUAUAAAAUUGAUGUUGUUCAUUUACCAAUACAAGAUCAAGAAUUUGUACAUAAAAUUGAUCCAAAUCAAUUUCGACAAGAUUCAAGAAUUCCUUUAUUAUUACAACAAUCAUUCGGCAUUCCAUUAUCAAUACGUGCUCAAAUAUGGAUGUGUCUUAGUGGAUCAUUACAUAAAAAAUAUCAAGCUAAAAUGUCUUAUACAGAUAUACUUAAACAAUGUAAUAAUGAUGCACAACUUUAUUCAAAACAAAUUGAAAAAGAUCUUUUAAGAACAUUACCAACAAAUGCAUGUUUUAUGUCAAUAAAUGCAUCAGGAAUAUCAAGAUUACGACGAGUUUUAAGAGCUAUUGCUUGGCUUUUUCCAGGUUAA